UUUUAUACCCACAAACACCAAAUAUACUUUCUUUUUCUCACUCUCUCUCCAAAUAUAUAUUCAUCAUGACAACAAACAUAGAAAGCCUUUGGAUUUUUGCUUUAGCUUCAAAAUGCAAAUCUUUCACUUCUAUAAACUCAGUAUUCUUUGCAAUUUUUGUUAUUCUUAUAUGGUUAGUCAUGAACAUGAUUUACUGGGCUCACCCUGGUGGUCCUGCUUGGGGUAAACACACAUGGAAAAAAUUAAGAUCAAAUCCAAUUCCAGGCCCAAAAGGUUUUCCUAUUAUAGGAAGUAUGAACCUCAUGAGUGGUCUAGCACAUCACAAAAUAGCAAAAAUCGCGAAAACUCUUAAAGCAAGUCGUCUCAUGUGUUUUAGCCUUGGUGAAACACGAGUCAUUGUGACUUGUAAUCCUGAAGUCGCGAAAGAAAUAUUAAACAGUUCGGUAUUUGCUGAUCGUCCGAUUAAAGAAUCAGCAUAUAGAUUAAUGUUCAAUAGAGCGAUUGGUUUUGCUUCAUAUGGGGUUUAUUGGAGGACACUUAGAAAAAUUUCAUCAAAUCAUUUAUUUUCACCUAAGCAAAUAAAAUUUUAUGAAAAACCAAGAUUUCAAAUUGCUAAACAAUUGAUUUCUAUGUUUGAAAAGAAUAGUCCAAAUGACAUUUUACGUGUUAGGGAUGGUUUAAAAUUGGCUUCUUUGAAUAAUAUGAUGUGUUGUGUUUUUGGUAAAAGUUAUGAUUUUGACUGUUGUAAUUUAGAAACAAAAGAAUUGAUGAAAUUAGUUGAUGAAGGUUAUGAACUUUUAGGCAUGUUAAAUUGGUCUGAUCAUAUUUCUUGGUUAGGUGAAUUUGAUUUACAGAGAAUUAAACAGAGGUGCUCUGAACUUGUGCCAAAAGUAAACAAAUUUGUCAAAAAAAUUCUUGAUGAACAUGUGAAUCAAUCUGGUGAUUUUGUGGAUGUUUUGCUAUCUCUUCAAGGCUCCGAAAGAUUAUCGGAGAAUGACAUGAUUGCAGUACUUUGGGAAAUGAUAUUUAGGGGGACUGAUACGGUAGCGGUGUUGGUAGAGUGGAUUCUAGCCCGAAUGACGCUUCAUCCUGAUAUUCAAUCAAAAGUUCAAGUUGAGAUAGACAGAAUCGUCGGACAAUCACGAACCAUGACGGAGUCUGACGUAUCAGAAAUGAUCUAUCUUCCCGCCGUGGUAAAAGAAGUACUAAGGUUGCACCCUCCUGGUCCACUAUUGUCGUGGGCCCGCCUUGCAAUAACAGACACCAUAAUUGAUGGUUAUCACGUGCCAGCUGGGACCACGGCCAUGGUGAACAUGUGGGCCAUCACGAGAGAUGCAGAUGUUUGGGCCGACCCACUUAUAUUUAAGCCAGAAAGGUUCUUGAACGAGGCUCAUAGUGACAUGGAUUUCUCGGUACUAGGGUCCGACAUGAGAUUGGCACCAUUUGGAUCUGGAAGGCGAUCUUGUCCCGGAAAGACACUAGGCUUGACUACAGUCACUUAUUGGGUCGCAACACUUUUACACGAAUUCGAGUUUGGGCCCAGUAGUAAUGUUGACUUGUCUGAGGUAUUGAAGCUCUCUUGUGAAAUGGCCCACCCACUUAAGGUCAAGAUCCGAUCUAGACAUGCUCCCAAGACAAAUUAAAUGUGUUAAACAAUAUUAAAAGGGGGAAACAUGGUACCAAUAAACAAAAGAAGACCAUACUCUUUCUGUACAUAAUAUCUAGUUUUUGGUCAUCUUAACGUUUGAUGGUAAUGCUUAUUUUUUUUUUAAUUUUGGAUAUGGUCUUUAGAAAGUUGAUUUGGCUUUUGCUUGUACAAAUGGUGGUUCAAUUAAUAUAAGUUUUCUAUAAGAUACCUACUAUGUUAUAAUCUCUCUUUGUGUCAUAAGUCCAACCCUUGAGCGAACCUAGGUGAACUCCAGGAGAUUCAUCCGAACUUCUUUAUCAAAAAAUUACAUUUAUAUAUAAUGUUGAAUUCUAAUUUUAUAUGAAUAUAUAUAUAUAUAUAUAUAUAUUCAAAAUGAACCUUUUGAAAACAAAGUACAGGUUUGACUUAGUGGAUAAAUGGUUCGAAUUAGCUCCUAGGUCACAGAUUCAAGUUCCUUGGGCAACAUUUCCCCCCUAUUUUUUUAAUACUUUGGAGAAUGGAACUUUUGGGCUUAGACCUUCUUUUUUUUUUUCUUUUAUUCCAUUUCUUCUUUUUAAUUUGUUUUUGUUUAAAUUUAUUAGAUACAUUUUUUUUUAUUAUUUUCAUAUCUAUUAUUCAUGUUGUUUUAAUGUAACUCUUUUUCAUAUUCUAACUUGAAAUUAAAAUUCUUUUAAGUAUGAUGAAUUAUAUUUAACUAGAAAUUGAGAUACAUAUAAUAUUUUUUAUUUUAAAAAGGGUAAAUUAGAUGUAAUUUAAACUUAAAUAUCGUUAAUAUCCUUU